CUGGUGCGCGGCUCAGAUGUCCUGUGUAGUCUGUAGUCGUCUGUAGUCGUGGCUCUGGCGCUCUGCAUCCUCCAUCUGCAGCAGCAGGGGCUGGUGGCACAGGCCCCUGCCCAGACCCUUCCCUCAAACCCAUGUUUCAGUACUAAUCCGGCUGCCCUCCCCGUCGGGGGCCAUUUCUCGGUGCCCUUUGCCCGACCCUUCCAACUCGGGCGCCAUGAAUGACCAGUAUCACCGGGCCGCCAGGGAUGGCUACCUGGAACUCCUCAAGGAGGCCACCCGGAAGGAGCUGAAUGCCCCCGAUGAAGAUGGCAUGACCCCCACCCUCUGGGCUGCCUACCAUGGCAACCUGGAGUCGCUGCGUCUCAUUGUGAGCCGAGGGGGUGAUCCGGAUAAGUGUGACAUCUGGGGAAACACACCCUUGCAUCUGGCAGCUUCCAAUGGCCACCUGCACUGCCUGUCCUUCCUCGUGUCCUUCGGGGCCAACAUCUGGUGCCUGGACAAUGACUACCACACGCCACUGGACAUGGCCGCUAUGAAGGGCCACAUGGAGUGCGUGCGCUAUUUGGACUCCAUCGCAGCCAAGCAGAGCAGCCUCAACCCCAAGCUGGUGGGCAAGCUGAAGGACAAGGCCUUCCGCGAGGCAGAGCGGCGCAUCCGCGAGUGCGCGAAGAUGCAGCGCAAGCACCACGAGCGGAUGGAGCGGCGCUACCGGCGAGAGCUGGCGGAGCGCUCCGACACGCUCAGCUUCUCCAGUCUCACGUCCAGUACCCUGAGCCGCCGGCUGCAGCACCUGACGCUGGGCAGCCAGCUGCCCUACUCGCAGGCCACACUGCACGGCACCGCCAAGGGCAAGGCCAAGAUCCAGAAGAAGCUGGAGAGGCGCAAGCAAGGGGGCGAGGGCACCUUCAAGGUCUCCGAGGACGGGCGCAAAAGCGUCCGGUCGCUCUCGGGCCUGCAGCUAGGCAGCGAUGUGAUGUUUGUGCGCCAGGGCACCUACGCCAACCCCAAAGAGUGGGGCCGUGCCCCACUCAGGGACAUGUUCCUCUCGGAUGAGGACAGCGUCUCUCGUGCCACACUGGCUGCCGAGCCUGCCCACUCGGAGGUCAGCACCGACUCAGGCCACGACUCCUUGUUUACUCGCCCCGGUCUGGGGACGAUGGUGUUUCGAAGGAACUAUCUGAGCAGCGGGCUGCACGGGCUGGGCCGCGAGGACGGGGGCUUGGACGGGGCAGGGACACCGCGGGGUCGGCUGCAGAGUUCCCCCAGCCUGGACGACGACAGCCUGGGCAGUGCCAACAGCUUGCAGGACCGCAGUUGCGGGGAGGAGUUACCCUGGGAUGAGCUAGACUUGGGCUUGGAUGAGGACUUGGAGCCUGAGACCAGCCCCUUGGAGACCUUCCUGGCUUCCUUGUAUUUGGAGGACUUUGCCUCCCUCCUGCGGCAGGAGAAGAUUGACCUGGAGGCCCUGAUGCUGUGCUCAGACCUCGACCUCCGCAGCAUCAGCGUGCCCCUGGGGCCUCGGAAGAAGAUUCUAGGGGCUGUGAGGAGGCGCAGGCAGGCGCUGGAGCGCCCACUGGCCCUGGAGGACACAGAGCUAUGAAAGGUUCUCCUCUCCUCAGACCAAAGUGAAUUAAUUGCAAGUUGCCACAACCCGUGGUGGGGACCAGAGGUCCUCACAGUUGCCAUCCCUGCAGCCUCUUCUCCAAGAGCAAAGGUCACAUGGAUCAUCUCCCUCAAAACCCUGUCCACACUCUGAAGGAGAGGUGUAUCCUCUCCAGGCUACAUUCCAGAGCACCACUUCUGAGCAGUGUUGGCACCCCUGAGCCCACCUCAUUGAGAAGCCCUGAACUACGAGAGGAUUGGUGCUUAGGGACUGAUUGGUCCUGGGGGCUAGAUGACAUCAGACCCAGAUUAGAAAUAGAAUGUGAAGGGGGCACAGCUUGACCUGUUGCAGGCACAUCACCUCGCCACCCACCCAUCCUCUCCAGCCCUUCUUGGGGGUGGGGGUGGGGCCUGUUCUUUUUCAGGCUGGAAACUUACUGCUUCCUACUUAGUGUAACGGAAGAGUUUGGGUACCCCCUCCUCAUACACCCAAGGAGGGAGGUUUCUCAGCCAGACUCUUCAGCCAAAUGCCUGGUCUUUCACUCCCUAGCACAUCCCCUCUCACAAAAGGCCAGUUCCUUCUCUUUCACCCACUGGUCAUGGCCACCGCUGGAGAGCCAGGCUGGGUAGACUGGUGUAACUGGUACUUUCCCAGCUCAUUCUGGGAGCCCAGACGGUCUCCUUUAGCUUCACCCCACUCCACUGUGCAGCCUGGUUUCCCUGGGCCUCCCGAAGACCAGGGGGCCUAGAAGCAAGGUGCGUCAGUAUUGUGGCCUCCAGGCCUGGAAGUCGAGUGUGCCUGACGGUAGAAUCACUUCUGCUAACUGCCUCAGAGUCUCCCAGGCCUAGACAGGCAGGGGCUGGACACAGUCUGUGUCAGGCCCAAUGUGGGAAAGCUCUGCGAGGAAGAUUCUGGAAGAUGUGGAGAACCUGAGGUCCUGAUCGUGCCCUGGCUCCUAAGGCGCGUGCUCUCUCUCUGUAUGGUGUGUGCACGUAGGGUGUGUGCAUUUUGUGUGAAUUUAUAUAUUAGUGUGCAUAUAGGUGUGUGUAGUGUGUGUGUGUGUGUGUGUAGUGUGCAUAUAAGGUGUAUGCAUUGUGUGUGUGUAGUGUAUAUGUGUAGUGUGCAUAUAGGGUGUAUGUAGUGUGUGUAUGUGUGUGUUAGGGUUGGUCAGAGGAUUUCCCUCAGGGUCUGGAGAGGCCUGGGCUACCUUUGACUUGGCAUGGAUCAUGGAGAAGUGGGAACUCACUGUGUGUCCAGUCCUGUGAUGGUAUGGAGAUGAAAACCAGAGCAAAGGCUAGUCCAGAGGGAGGUCCUCAGAGUGUGUCCUCAUGGCUCUUCCACCACACCAAGGUUAGAGAUGUGGUUAAGUCCCUCAGGAGCCACAUGCAUGCAGGGUCACAUCCAGCCCCGCCCCCCACAUGCCCCUCCUCCUUCUCAGCAGUGAACCCGCAACCCAUCCUGGACCUGAGCUCAGAGAACAGGGAGUGUGCACAGCCUCUAGCUCCUCCUUGAGCUCCCUGGGGCAGAGGAAAGAACCCGAAGACCUCUGUGUUCUGUCUGGAGGUGCAUACCCAUGCACACGCAGUUCUGAGUGUGGAGGAGGCAGCUUCUUUCCCACCACCACCCCGAGUCACCCCCACCUUGCCUUCUUGUUUUCUGGGCCCAAGCCUGGGGCCACCUCCAAGUGCCGACUCUUCUUUCUCAGAGUCCCCAGGGACUGCUGUUUCUCACCUCUUCUGACUGUUUACUGCCUCGGCCCCUCCUGGUUCUCCCUGCACUGGGGUGGCCAGAUUCUGUGAUCCCCACCGUUGUACCCUAAACCCUUCCUCAGGCU